CCCCCGCCUCGCUCGGGGCCGGGCGGGGAAGAUGGCGGCGGGCACGGGCAAGCACAAGCUGCUGAGCGCCGGCCCCACCGAGCCCUGGUCCAUCCGCGAGAAGCUCUGCCUGGCCUCCUCCGUCAUGCGCAGCGGCGACCAGAACUGGGUCUCAGUCAGCAGAGCCAUCAAGCCUUUUGCAGAGCCAGGGCGCCCACCUGACUGGUUUUCCCAAAAGCACUGUGCAUCUCAGUAUUCAGAGCUCUUGGAGACCACGGAGACCCCCAAGAGAAAACGUGGUGAGAAGGGAGAAGUUGUGGAAACUGUGGAAGAUGUUAUUGUGCGGAAACUGACUGCAGAAAGGGUUGAGGAGUUGAAGAAAAUUAUUAAAGAAACACAGGAAAAAUACAGGCAACUCAAGAAGGAUGCAGAGCUGAUCCAGGCCGGACACAUGGAUAACAGACUGGAGGAGCUGUGCAAUGAGAUUAUGAUAAAGAAAAAAAUGGAGGAGGAGGAGGCAGAAGUCAAGAGGAAGGCUACAGAUGCUGCUUAUCAGGCUCGUCAGGCCAUUAAAAAUCCACCGCGACGACUGACGGGUGUGAUGGUUCGUUCCCCCGCCGGCUCGACCUCCCCAGGGGGGGAAUAUGCACUGGGAGAUCUGUCCCAGCCUGCUGGGGAUGAGGCCAGUCCAGGGGUCACGCCAGGGACAUUGCCCAGCACCCCAGUUGCCUCCUUCAUUGGAAUCCCUGACACCCCUCCAGGCUCUGCUCCCCUGGAUGCCCCCAUGACCCCAGUCACUGAUGAUUCACCCCAGAAAAAGAUGCUAGGACAAAAAGCAACUCCGCCUCCUUCCCCUCUGCUCUCAGAGCUGCUGAAGAAGGGCAGUCUCUUGCCCACAAGCCCCAGGCUGGUCGGUGAAAACGAAAUGGCAGUGGCUUCUGGUCAUAUGAACAGCUCAGGAGUGCUGCUGGAGGUAGGAAGUGUCCUUCCAGUACUGCACAGUGGGGAAAUGCAGUCGACACCUGGUGCUGUCCCUGCAUCUCCUGCUGCUUCAGGUGCUCCUACGCUUUCCCGGCUUUUAGAAGCUGGUCCUGCACAGUUCACCUCACCUCUUGCUUCCUUCUCCGCUGUUGCCAGCGAACCUCCAGCUAAGCUCCUGCCACCCCCCGUAGAGCCUGUGUCCCAGGCAACUAUUGUCAUGAUGCCCACGCUGUCAGCACCAUCCGUUGUGCCACCAGCUGCAGCUCCAGAAAGCGUAGCCACAGUGAGCCAGCCAGAAGCCUGUGUUUCCAUGGAAGCAGUGUCUGAUUCCCACACUGUGACAGUGUCCAUGGACAGCAGUGAAAUAUCCAUGAUUAUUGAUUCCAUCAAGAAAGAGUGCCUGGGUUCUGGGGCUGGCAGCACUGCAGGGUCUUCCAAAGAUCACUGCAUGGACGGGAAAGAAGAUCUGGAUUUGGCUGAGAAAAUGGAUAUUGCAGUGUCCUAUACGGGGGAAGAGCUGGACUUUGAUACAGUUGGAAACAUUAUAGCCAUCAUUGAGGACAAGGUAGACGACCACCCUGAAGUCCUGGACGCAGCAGUUGUUGAAGCUGCUCUGUCUUCUUUCUGUGAAGAUACCGAUGACCCUCAGACCCUUCCUGGCCCUUGGGAACAUUCAAUUCGUCAGGAGCACGAGAAACAGGCCCAGAUACCCCAAGUGUCUGUGACUGUGAAGCAGGAGAGACUGGAGUGUGAGGAGCCAGAGACAAAGGGAAUUCGAGACCUAAUGGGCAUUGGCGAGCUGGCAUCAGAAAUAAAGACCGAACUUGCAGAGCAGGAGCAGAAUCAGCUGGGCCCUGAGGAAACCAUACCAGCGACUGCUAGAGUGACAGAAACACCAGAGCUUAGAAGUCAAGAGAUAGAAGAAGAUCAAAGAGCAGCUCUAACAUCAGGAGAGACUCCUGAAAUAAAUACAGAGUCGUCCAAGGGAGAAGAUGCAGUGCUCAAUCCAGUGAAGACAGAGACCCCACCUGAUGAUGAUUCAUCCCCUCCACAAGUCCCAAAUGUGAGUGAAGACUCCUCACAGGCUGAUGUUCAGCACAAAUUUGAGCUGUCAGACUCAAUGAAGGAAGAGGCCCAAGCCCUGUUUAGAAGUCAGAUGAAGGAUGGGCAGGGUGAGGAGGACGAUGAGGACGGUGCCAGUGAGGCUGCCAGUUUGGAGGAACCCAAAGAAGAAGAUCAGGGUGAGGGAUAUCUGUCAGAGAUGGAUAACGAGCCCCCUGUGAGUGAGAGCGACGACGGCUUCAGCGUCCACAACGCGCCUCUGCAGUCCCACGCACUCGCCGACUCCAUCCCCAGCAGCCCGGCCUCCUCACAGUUCUCAGUGUGCAGUGAGGAUCAGGAAGCGAUACAGGCCCAGAAGAUCUGGAAGAAAGCCAUCAUGCUAGUUUGGAGAGCAGCAGCUAAUCACAGAUAUGCCAAUGUCUUUCUGCAGCCUGUAACUGAUGAUAUAGCACCAGGCUACCACAGCAUUGUGCAGAGGCCGAUGGAUUUGUCUACCAUCAAAAAGAACAUUGAGAACGGGCUGAUACGAACCACAGCUGAGUUCCAGCGUGAUAUUAUGCUGAUGUUUCAAAAUGCAGUUAUGUACAACAGCUCUGACCAUGAUGUGUACCACAUGGCUGUGGAGAUGCAGCGAGAUGUCCUGGAGCAGAUCCAGCAAUUUCUGGCCACACAACUGAUGAUGCAAACAUCAGAGUCGGGGAUCAGUGCAAAGAGCCUGCGGGGGCGAGACUCCACUCGCAAGCAAGAUGCUUCAGAGAAGGACAGUGUCCCAAUGGGCUCUCCUGCCUUCCUUCUCUCUCUCUUUGACGGAGGCACCAGAGGGCGGCGCUGCGCCAUCGAGGCAGACCUGAAGAUGAAGAAAUGAUGCUGCAGGCACACAGAGAAUCCCAGCACUCAGCAUCUGGAGCUGGAGUGCAAGCAGGCUGCUCUUAACAGCUGUUGGAGGAGGAAGAAAAGCUGCAGGUCCAGUUCUGGGACCUGGUUCACCUUCUUCGCUUGCCCCUCUGGAAAGCUCUGUCUCGUCGGAAUAUGUAUCCCAAAGAAACUUCCCCAGAGGGGAAGACUAGCCCCCCUGCCUGUUUUAGGGCAGUUGUCUUGGGCUUCAUCAGUGUCCUGGUGUUAGCUAGCAACUGGUGGCUCGUAUGUACUGUAAUGUGAAGUGUACAGAUUUUUACUAGUGAUGUGUAAAUGUGAUGUAUAUUAAAAUCUGGGAACAAA